CAAUUUUUAUGGUUAGGUUACCGAAAGGGUGGGUGAGUUUCCUGAACAAAUCAAUCAUUACAAAACAAACUUUAUCAAAUUUAUCUCUGCUGUUUCAAUAACAAGUAAAUUUAACUUAUUUAUCCAACAAUAUGACCGAUUCAAAGUAUUUUACAACCACAAAGAAGGGUGAAAUAUUUGAAUUAAAAUCAGAACUGAACAGUGAUAAGAAAGAGAAAAAGAAAGAAGCGGUUAAAAAAGUUAUUGCUAGUAUGACCGUUGGUAAGGAUGUGUCUGCUCUUUUUCCUGAUGUUGUUAAUUGUAUGCAAACUGAUAAUUUAGAGUUAAAAAAGUUGGUGUAUCUAUAUCUAAUGAAUUAUGCAAAAUCUCAACCUGAUAUGGCUAUAAUGGCAGUGAAUACUUUUGUUAAGGACUGUGAAGAUCCUAACCCGUUGAUUAGAGCUCUGGCUGUAAGGACAAUGGGCUGUAUACGGGUUGAUAAAAUAACAGAAUAUCUAUGUGAACCCUUGAGAAAGUGCUUAAAAGAUGAAGACCCAUAUGUAAGAAAAACUGCUGCUGUUUGUGUAGCCAAACUAUAUGACAUUUCGUCUAGUUUAGUGGAGGAUCAGGGCUUUUUGGACCAGCUUAAAGAUCUUUUGAGUGAUUCUAAUCCUAUGGUUGUUGCUAAUGCAGUGGCUGCAUUGUCAGAAAUUAAUGAGAGCAGUCCUACAGGGCAACCACUUGUUGAAUUAAAUACAAACACAAUCAAUAAACUUCUAACAGCUCUGAAUGAAUGUACUGAAUGGGGCCAAGUGUUUAUUCUCGAUUCCCUUGCAAAUUAUAGUCCCAAAGAUGAGCGCGAAGCGCAAAGUAUCUGCGAACGUAUAACCCCCCGAUUGGCUCAUGCUAACGCAGCGGUGGUACUCUCCACUGUUAAGGUUUUAAUGAAACUUAUGGAGAUGCUGUCAGGCGAUAGCGACUUCUGUACAACUCUGAGUAAAAAAUUAGCUCCACCUUUGGUGACCCUUCUCUCUUCAGAGCCAGAAGUUCAGUAUGUAGCCUUGAGGAACAUCAAUCUCAUCGUACAAAAGAGACCGGACAUUUUAAAGCACGAGAUGAAAGUGUUUUUUGUCAAAUACAACGACCCCAUCUACGUCAAGUUGGAAAAACUGGACAUUAUGAUACGUCUGGCCUCUCAAGCAAACAUUGCUCAGGUUCUGAGCGAGUUAAAAGAAUAUGCUACCGAAGUUGACGUAGAUUUUGUGAGAAAGGCCGUGAGAGCUAUUGGGAGAUGCGCUAUUAAAGUUGAGCCUUCUGCAGAACGGUGUGUUUCUACAUUAUUGGACCUUAUACAGACCAAAGUCAAUUAUGUUGUGCAAGAGGCCAUCGUGGUCAUUAAGGACAUCUUCCGCAAGUACCCUAACAAAUAUGAAAGUAUUAUAAGUACUCUCUGUGAAAAUCUGGACACUUUGGAUGAGCCUGAGGCCCGUGCCAGUAUGGUCUGGAUAAUAGGGGAAUAUGCAGAACGUAUUGAUAACGCUGACGAACUUCUGGACAGCUUUUUGGAAGGUUUCGCUGAUGAAAAUGCCCAAGUACAAUUGCAACUUUUGACUGCUGUGGUUAAACUGUUUUUAAAAAGACCAGCACAUACUCAAGCUCUUGUGCAACACGUUUUGAGUUUGGCUACUCAAGAUUCAGAUAAUCCCGAUUUAAGAGAUCGUGGCUUUAUUUAUUGGAGAUUGUUAAGCACAGACCCCGCAGCCGCUAAAGAAGUGGUACUGGCAGAUAAACCCUUAAUUUCAGAAGAGACCGAUUUGCUAGAACCCACCCUUUUGGACGAGCUUAUCUGUCAUAUUUCCUCCCUCGCUAGUGUUUAUCAUAAACCCCCCACUGCCUUUGUGGAAGGGCGAAGUGCAGGUAUAAGGAAAUCUCUCCCUGCUAGACAAGGCUCCGAUGAUGCUGUCGCUCAAGAAGCAACUGUUAUUCCUAGUCAAGAGACUCUUAUAGGGGAUUUAUUGACUAUGGACAUUGGAGCUGCGGUCCCUGCUGCAGGACCUCCUGCACAACCAGCAAGCACGGGUAUCGAUCUUCUAGGAGGUGGUCUAGACUCACUACUCGGGGGCCCGCCCACAGAACCCGCAUCCGUUGCUGCUCCCACAACUACCGGUUUGUUGGGAGACAUUUUUGGCUUGACAACAGCACCCGCCAUGUACACACCCCCCAAGACCUGCUGGCUACCGGCCGAAAAAGGAAAAGGGCUCGAGAUAUGGGGUACCUUCUCAAGACGUUCUGGACAAAUUACGAUGGAUUUAACAUUUACAAACAAGGCGAUGCAAGCUAUGAACAAUUUCGCGAUUCAGUUUAACAAAAAUAGUUUCGGAGUUGCUCCAGGAGCCUCUCUCAAUCUUGGAGUUUUGCAGCCUGGCCAAAGUAUCGAAAAUAAUUUGCCCUUGACUACAAAUGGCCCCGUACAACGCAUGGAACCUCUGAUGACCUUGCAAGUUGCAAUUAAAAAUAACGUGGACAUAUUUUAUUAUGCUUGUCAAAUUCCCAUUCAAGUUCUUUUCUGUGAGGAUGGGCAAUUGGAUAAGAGAGUAUUCUUAACUACCUGGAAAGAUAUUCCAGCAGCCAACGAAGUUCAGUACACCAUUCAUAAUAUUAAAGGCAAUGCAGACGCAGUGGCUAGCAAGAUGACACAUAACAACAUUUUUACGAUAGCAAAACGUAACGUGGAAGGUCAAGAUAUGCUGUAUCAGUCACUUAAACUUACUAAUAAUAUCUGGGUGCUUUUGGAAUUAAAACUGCAACCAGGAGUAACUAAUGCUACUCUCAGUCUGAAGUCUAGAUCUGUAGAAGUUGCCGCUUCGGUAUUUCAAGCUUACGAAUCAAUUUUGAAUAAUUAAUUACAUAAUUUUUAGAAACAAAAAAACCGUUUAUUAACUCUGUUAACUCAUAAUAGCGCAUUCAAUUUUUGGUAUCAAAGUUUAAGUAUCUAUUGUAUUAUCGAUGUUUUUAAAUAUUUCGAAAUGUAUAAUUGCUUUUUAAAGUAAGUUUAAGAAAGAUGUACUGAGUCUUCUAUAGUGUUUUAUGUCUAUUUCAUUCCAUUUUAAUGUAGCAUGAAUAUAAGAUUGGGUGAAUUAAAAAUAAUUGUAUAUCGUGUAUAUGAAUAAAUAUUGUCCAAACUCUGAA